UACUGUUUGCGCUCCGGAUUCUACUAGCUGGCGGGCUGAUUUCUCUGUGUAUUCUGUAGAUAUAAUAUAUCUUAGGAGAUUGAUUCUGGUGGCUUUAAACAUGUUUGUUGUUCACUUUAUAUGUAUCGUUGGUGCCUGGUCUUCAACUAAAGUGCUGGCUGCUAAUCAAGAUUACAUGAAGAACAUCAUUAGCAACUAUUUUUCACAACCAAGACACCAUGAGGCCGACUUAGAUUACAAAAACAGGUCAAGAGAUUUAAUUUUCAGUGAGUUCAAACGGCUAGGCUUGGAAACCACCGUUCAGAACUUUUCGCAAGAAAAGGUCACCUUUUCCAACGUUAUUGGCGUUUCACGCGGUUUUCGUAUUGGAAAGAAGGACGACAAAAUAGUGGCAGUUGGAGCCCACUACGACACAACACAGAACUCCUCUGGAGUCGAUGACAACGGAUCUGGAAUGGCCGCCAUGUUUGAGGUUGCUAGGCAAAUAGAUGAACAUCGACAGAAAGGCGAACAGAUAAACAACACCGUGAUUUUCAUGGCGUUUGACUUAGAGGAAGGAGUACAUAUCGGAAGUAACAUGACCAUUUACAGAUGGUUACUUCCUUGGUUGGUCAAGACCUACGGACGGGAAACAGCACUGGCAUUGCGACCGAAUGGAAUCAUUAUCCUUGACGGAUUGAUGAAUUUUAACAGCUCAGCCCGAUCACAGACAUUUCAAGUAGAGGAAACAGACUGGAAAGAAAAAAGCAAACAAAGGACGGGCGGUGCGAUGUUUUACCUUCAUGUAGCAGCGAUGUUUCCUAAUAUGUCGAGUACAAACAUGUCAGGAAACUUUCUGGCUCUUACAUAUAGCAGCGACCAACCUAACAGUUCUUUGACAUACACGCUGGCCAAUAACUGGGCUGUUCAUUCGGAUGCUUCAAAGUAUCACUUACAUAAAUUUGGGCUCCUAAAUUCCUACUCCAACCCUUAUGUCUCGAGGUUUCUUAAGAGCACCAGUGCCAGCAACUUUUGGAUGGACAAAAUUCCAGCAAUAGUUCUCCAUGAUACAGGCAACUAUCGCGGGGAUUUGACCGAAUGUCCGUCUUGUGAUGACAAGAGAAUGUUGACAGAAGGCAACCUCAUGUUCCUUGACCACGUUGUUGAUGUCAUUGGAAAAACUGUAUUUAAUCUCUCCGAGAUUCAUAUGCCAGCAGCAGAAAACGAUGGCAUGGGUACGCACCCCUCCUCUGCACCGAGAGCAGUAUCAACAAUGGUCCUUGUCCACGCCAUGAUGCUACUUAUAUAUGAUUGACAAUAGAAACAACCCCUGCAAUCCUUCUGAAUCCCGGUCAAGAAGUGAUAACCUCCCUUUAGUUGUAGAGAAGUUGUACUCUAUAUAUGUCAUUUAAUAUUUGUAGUAUUGGGUAUAGUAUAUCAGAAUUACACUUAACAGGCUGUCACUACGUUAAUAAAAUAUGUAUUGCUUUUAAAUAUCUUGGUUGCUUCUGUUACGAUAUACACUAAAACAUAUUUCGCAUAAUAAACUAAUGUCUGCCGUAAAAUAGUCGACAAACAUAAUACAUAAUGUUGGCAUUUCGUCAUCAGGCCUAAAAACAUGUAUUAGUUUCACCAAAACAGAGUAGGUAGAUCGAAAUAUAUAUUAUUUCGAUUUUUUUUAUUAUCAUAUUUUUCUUGAAAAAUUGUGUUACAAAAAACUGUUGUUUAAUGCUUUAGAACACCGAUUUAAAUCAAACAAAUGAAACAAUCAAUUUCUUAUGGCAAAAAAACGUCAAGGGUCGGGG